AUGUCAACGUCAUGUUUACGACCACGUGCUGUGGACUUUCAUUCAGUAUGGCCCCGAAUUGAACGAAGUAUUAUGGCAAUAAUGAGGCUUGAAAAAUUGGAUCGUCGAGUAUGGGAUGAUAACUUUUAUGACAUUUAUUUGUUGUGUAUCGCGGUCCCCGAAACACUUGCUCAUCAGUUAUAUCAGAGUCUAAAAAAUUGCCUCGUAAGGCAUGUUCGUGGAUUGCAACAGGUAUAUAUAUUAAAGGCUUUUAUAAAAUUAUGUCACAAUUUCAUAUUAUUAAAUAAAUUUGAACAUGAUAGAACUUGCGAAGCGUAUUAUACUUUAUUUGAACCAGCAUAUUUGGCAGCUACGAAGGAAUACUAUAAAACAUUAUCGAUAAAGAUGGUUUCUGAACUUUCGAUAACAGAUUACAUUGUUCGUAAAUUGAUUGAUGCGGAGGAAUCGCGUGCGAAGGCUUUUUUACACAAAUGCACUUUGGAUGCAAAUAUUUUAUCUUGUUAUGCCGAAGUAGUUGAAACUCAUAAAGAUGCGCUUUUAUCAAUUAGUAAUGAAUAUAUAAAGGACGAAAAAAUAAAAGAUCUUCAAACACUUUAUUCGUUAUUAAAGCCUUUACCUAAAUGCUUGAAUAUUUUGGUUUCGGAAUUUGAAAAAUAUGUAAAGAAUGUUGGCCAUGAAGCUAUAGAUAAUCUAGCUGGUGAAAAUUUGCCCCAGCAAUUCUUUGAUAUCAUUUUACAGAUUUUCAAUCGAUUUCGAAAUUUGUUAACCAAUGUUUUCAAUGAUGAUGGCGAAUUUACCAAUGCACUUGAUAAGGUUUUUGUGAAUUCUUUUCUUUCCGUUUCUUUUCAAUUUCUUAUUUUCAUUUCUUCAUUUUCACUUUCUUUUUUGUUCAUUUUUCAGUAUUACCAAAGAAUGUUAUCAAAUCGACUCAUAUAUCACAUAUCAUGCAUGGAUAUUGAACAAUCGAUGAUUAAUAGGCUCAGGAAAGCAUGUGGCUAUGAAUUUACAAGUAAAAUAUCGAGAAUGUACACUGAUAUGGGUUCAAGUAAGGAUCUGACUAAUAAAUUUAUUCAGGUAUUUUUUCUAUACUUUGUUUUAACACAAUCUCUUGCAAGAUUUGAGGAUUUUUAUUUGCAAAAGUAUAAUGGGCGAAAGUUAACGUGGUAUUAUAAUUUAAGCACAGUGGAUAUGCGACUGAAUUGUUUCCAUAAACCGUAUUUCACAACUAUUAAUGCUCAUCAGUGCGCAGUUUUACUAUGUUUCGAAAAAGAAGAUGCACUAAAAAUGAAAAAAAUCCAGGAAAGUAUUGGGUUACAGAAUGAAUUGCUUGUUAGAACAAUUCGUACAUUGUUUGAGAGCGGUUUAUUCACAUGCUUGACUGAGUUUGCUCUGAAUUUCGAUCUAAAGUCGAGACGGGCUCGAAUCAAAAUUCCUAUGAAAAAUAAAUUUAAGCCAGAAAGAGAGAAAGAAAUGGAAUUAAAUACCAUACAACUGGACAGGAAAUAUUUUAUGGAAUGUGUGAUCGUCCGAGUAAUGAAGGAACGCAAAGUUCUUCAACAUACCCAGUUAGUUCAAGAAAUUUUAAAAAGUACCGAGGGUCGUUUCAUACCCGAUACUGCAUUUAUUAAGAAGGGCAUCGAAUCAUUAAUAGACAGGCAAUAUAUUCAACGAACGGAUAAACAAGAUGAAUACCAAUAUCUAGCAUGA